GCGAGUAUAACUUCUAGGAGCGAGUUGUGUCAAGGCUCAGUGUGGGUCUGCCCGCCGGGAAGUGAGGGCGUUGCAGCAGGUCACCGGAGUGGGAGCCUUCGUGCGCUGUCCCACUCUCCCCCGCGCCGCCCGAUAGUUUCCCUCCGCGGACCCCGAACUUGAACCCUCCCCGAACCCUUCCGUGAGUGAGUCCAGCGGCUGACCGAGUGUGCGAGAACCUUAGAAAGAGGAGAAACGGCGCUGGUUCUUCUUUUUCGGGCACAGAGCCAAGAUUAGAGAACAUAGAAGAGAAAGAAGAGAGAAAACCGUCGAAGACUAGCCUUAUAAGAAUAGAAAGAAGAAGAGAAUAUAGUAAUUACCAAGAAGAAAUCACCAAAAAGGAGUAAGAAGGGAAAGAGAACGGAGAACAGGAAGAACAGAGAACGACAUACAAGAAUAGGAAGGAAUAGAGAACAGUGAGUAUAGAGAACGAAUUAGAAUAAGAAGGAAGAGACUACGAAGAACAGAAAACACAAAAAAAUAGGAAAAACAAAGAGAACACAGAAGAAACAAAGAACAGAGAAACUCACCGAAGAAGGAGAACAACAAGAAUCACACAAUAACUGAAAGAAGAAACAGAGAACAGGGAUAGCAACACCAACAAACCCAAAGAGAAAAAAAGGACAAAAUACAAGAAAAAAAAGGAAAAUAACAACAACAACCACGUAACACAAAAACAAAAUAACAAGCUAAAAGACAACUCUACAAACUAUCUCGUCUCCUCCUCCAUCCCAAACUGAACCAGAAACACACAAAAAAAACUCUGUCAUCAUCCACAUCAGUAAAUCUUGGAGGCAGCGAGAUAGAGAGACGAGACAAGAUGAGGAGAGAUGAACGAAAAAUGAAGGAGGGACUAAAGCGAGACUGAGACCGUGUGUGCGUGUGCGUGUGUGUGUGUGUGUGUGUGUGUUGCCACGUGCGGGGAGAAGCAUGGUAGCGAGACGAGGUUAAGAGACCGAGAUUGUGGAGUCGUGUUACCGUCUCCUCGUGUGUGACUGACCGUGUGACUCUCUGACCUCAUAUAGUGUAACCUCAGCAUCCCUCACUGACCUACACGCAUCAUAACACCUUUGGGAUGAGAUUGUGAAAACUUAAUCACAUAGACACAUCGUCACUACCUGUCUGUCUGCUUACCUGUCUCCUUGCGACUUUCUGACCCCUUAUAGAAUUCAACCACAGCAUCCACACUGACCCAUGCAUCUUGAAGCCUGUGGGAUGAGUUUGUGAAGACUUAAGCAUACUCGUCAUCGCUGCCUACCUGUCUACCUGUGUUCCUGUCUCCGCAGUUCCCUCGGUGAUGACUGCCCAGGUGUCUACAAGUCUUACCUGUGGCAGUUUUAAUUAGGUCAAGAAGAGCACUGGGAAGUUUUUUGAAUUGCUGAGUGGCUUGUGUUGCUAUUGUGUUGCUUGUGGUGUGUGUCUGUCUGUGAGUGUUGGUGUGUAUUGAGUCCACCUUCACCACCACCUCCACCUCCACCUCCCUCACCUUGGUUCUCAUUAACACCUGGAAUACCACCUGGAAUGAAGGACUCGUGUGAAGGCUCCUAUUAACACCUGCCUCGCCACAUCACACCUGGACGUGGAUUUUUAUUUAUUUUUGUUCACCUGCGUUCACCUGGUCGCCUUGCUCACCUGGAUCUCCUAAUUAUCAGCCUCCACCUCACCUGGGAUUAUAAGAAAGAAUGUGUGGCCUAAGGAGUCGGCCUGAUGACCCGCCCUUCAGGAUGCUUCUGUUGACGAUCCUGCUGCUGUUGCUGACGCUGCCCUCCGGGGAGUGUCUGAGGUGCGUCAACUGCACGAGCCUCAAGGACCCCGAGUGUCUGGACGGCAUCGGCAGCGAGGAGCAGUGCGCCACCGACCAGACCUACUGCGUCUCCUACAUCGGCUUCCUCAAGAUGGGCCAGGCUCAGGUGCUGUUCAGGGCCUGCACGGAGACCAACAUGUCACACUUCUGCGGGGUCCACUUCGAGAAGCUCACCAACAACAGGGUGGAGCGCCUCAUGGCCUGCUACCGGACGUGCACCACCGACCUCUGUAACGUGCACCGGAUGGAGUACCUCAGCGCCGCCUCCCCCACCCCCUCCUCCAGCCCCACCCUCGUCCUCCUGCUCACCUUCGGCCUCCUCUCCCUCGCCGUCAGGAGGUUUCUAGUCACAUGAUAAUCCGUGUAGGUUUUUGGUUCUUCUUUCUUCUUUUGGUAUUGGUGUGUUGUAUUCUGCUGUCGUACUGGUGUAGAAAGGGUAUCCCACCGCUGCCACCAGUGUAUUGAAGGUUAUUCGGAUUCCACAUUGAUUUUGAAGACUGGAGAUGUGUUUUAUAGGUACACUCAGAGCCAUAGAUGUAGGACAGUUUGACCACCUUCAUCACAAGCGCCACGCUGUUACUAAAUAAAUCACGCGAAAGCCAAAUCGAUGCUGCGACAAUAGAUUUUUUUUUUGUGUGUGUGUGUGAUAAGUAUCGUCAGGAUUAUCGAAGAAGUACCAAGACCACAGAAAAUAUUAUUGUAUGGGCGUCAGUUAUAAUUUAGCGCGGCCUGUAAUGAAGCUGGACUAAUUCUCUUAUUUUAUGGCUCUGGGUACAACUUGAUAUAAGGGGGGCUUCGACCAUCGAGGAGGGUAGACAUGGUUCACAUACAUCAAACUGUAUCUAGAAUUAACAUCUCGACUCUUCAAAUUUUAUCAGUGUAGAAUCUGAAUAACCUUUACUCCACUGGUUUCGCUUGCUGCCUCUAAUAUGCUCUGUUAUUCCUCAUUCUGGUUAUUUUUUCAACUUCUUUUCCUUGUAACCAUUUUUUUAUGCCUCUUCUGAUUUCUUUUCUAUUUCAUUCUUCUUCCUUUUACUUUUCUUCUUGUUCUUCAUGUUAUUUAUUUGUUACUUUCUCCUCUUCCUCUGUCUUAUGCUGUUCCUUCCCCUCUUCCCCUUUCUUCUCCUCCUUCUGCUCGUCCUUGUCUAUCUGUCCCUCUCUUCAGACUGUUUACUUUUCUUUUACUCCUUUCAAUCUUAUUCUUCCUGUUCUGUUUGAUUUUCAGCAUCCCACCCCAUAUUUUUCCUCCUACUCCUCCUCCUACUCCUCCUCCUCCUCCUCGUCAUCACCACCACCACCACCACCUCGGAUCAGUCUUCUCAACACCAUCGCGUCGGAUUUCUUCUCUCCACCACCACCGCCACCACCGACAAUAACAACAACAACAACAAGAACAAUACGGCGUCUCAACCUGCUCUGUACUGGUUCAAAACAAGUCUCUGACACGCAUAUUAAUAAACUUUUAAAAAUACGAUAGAGAUU